AUGUCAGAGGCAAAGGUGUCCAAGAGCGCCCUGCCCAAGGGCUACGCCUUCGUCCCCAAGGGCAACGUCUACAUCACAAGCAACUGCCGCAAGCAGACGCAAGAGCGAGACCGCCCAGUAUUCACGGUCAUCGACGCAAGGGGCCGCCAGAUCGGCAUCGGCGUGCCGACAAGCAUCUAUCUGGCCGUGCAGUUCAGAGAGACCGAAACCCGCGCCGACAGGGCCGCCAACGUCCUCAAACGAGACGAAGGCCUGGCCAGGGGCUUCGAGAAGGACAUCGUGAAGGCGUUCCCCCAGAUCCCACCCAGCUCGCUCCGCAGCGUCUCCAGGAUCGCGCUGGAGAAGGGCAAGGGCAAGGUCGGCAGGACUGGGAAGCUCGACGUGCAGCGCAAGGUGCACCUCGCCGUCCGGGCCCACGUCCGCCACUGCGAGACGGACUACGACAAGCUCCUCAGGAGCGGUGUCGCCCGUGAGGACGCGAGACAGCGGAUCGAGGCCAGGGUCCAGGAGGUCUGCAGGGCCUGGGGCGGGGGCUCACACGCGAAGAGUGGGAAGCCUGCGAAAACGCCCAAGUCUCCUGCUGCCAGGUUGAGCACAAAGGCAGCACAGGCAGCGAAGAGGGUGAACCACGACGACCUCGACCAGGAAGUGGACGAGAUGGAGACGUCCGGGCUGACGGCGGCUGAUUCCAUAGACGCCAUCCUGAGAGAAGCCGAAGCAGCGUCCCCGGCCGGGGACAACAUUUUUGCAAGGCAUGCGAUGCGGUCACAGCGACAAGACCCAGCGGUGGCAAAGGCAUCCCCGAGCAACACCAAGGUCGUCCCCACGGCAGCGAGCUUCCGGGAGAGGAGGACGCCAAAGCCCACCACCACGCCCACCACCACGCCCGCCCAGCCGCCCGCCGCCAACCCACCAGCCAAGAUACGGACCAGCCGUCCCAACACCACGCGCCUGACGGACCACGAGGACCGGGCCCGGGCCCAGGUCAGGCGCGGGAUCGCCGGGAUCGGCAGGGUCGAGAACGCGCUCACGAGGGAGUGCCGGCGGCGCAUGAGCAAGUUCCGCACGGUUGAGAAGUUGUACGGCCGGAUCAGCGAGACCCUGGCGGAUGCUGCUGUCGACAGGAUCAGACGGUCGUCGAUGGCUAGACGGAACCUUGUCCGGCGGCUGAGGCUUGCGGUGCGUGCUGUCCAGCGCCCUUAG